AUGGGCCCGCCGGACACCUCACCGAGGGCGGUGGAGAGCCCUCAGAGACCGUGGCGCUUGCGGUUACCGGCGCCGGCGGCGUGGAGCAGCCGGUCCUUCACUCGUAUCUCCUCCCGGAGCUGGGCCUCGGACAGGCGCAGGCGGCGGAUGCUGCCCUUCAUCUCCUUCAUCUUCACCUCCAGCAGGGCGAUGAUGUCGCGCUGCUCGUUCAGCUUCCUCAGCAACUCCUCCGACGUGGUGCCCGACGACAGCGAGUACGAGUGGUCCGGCGGGCCACCCUCCAACGGGCCAUCCUCCCGUGCCGCUGCCGAUAGCCUGCCGGGGCCGGGCCCAGCGGGAGCCCCGGCACCGAGCUCCACCUGCACCGUCAGGUCGAUGGGCUUCACAUCCUCGGCCGCGCCCCCUGCCGGGGCCUCGCCGCUACCGGCGGCACCGGGGCCCUGCGAUGCCGGCGGCGGCGGCGGCUGCGGCGGCGGCAGCAGCGGCGGCGGCCGGGCGGGGGCGGCGGGCGGCCCGCUGCGCCUUGCGUUCGUUAACGCCGCGGAGCGGGAAGAUGGUGGGGACCCGCACCAGGUAGGAUUUGCGGCCGCCCUGGAAGUGCUCGCUGCAGACGCGGUGGCCCGUGGUGGGCUGGAAGGUACUAAAGCAGCCACUGACGCCCGCCCGGGAGACGUUCUUCAGCCAGAGCCGCCGCAGCUCCUCGUCCUUGGGGAAGGUGUAGAAGUGCAGCGCCUUGUCGCGGUGCGAGUUGUUGUAGCAGCCCGGUACGCAGCAGGUGAAGCCCGGCAUGGCGGGGCCGGGGAGGGGGCGCGGACACACACCCUACGGCUGCCCCGACGGCGGGGAGAGCGGGCGCAGGGGACCCCCGCCGAACUACAGCUCCCACAAGGCCAACCGCGGCCUCUCACCGCCCGCCGCCGCCGCCCGUCGCCGCAGCCGCACCGGAACUACGCGGCCCACAAUGCACCGCGUCGGCGGCGCCGCGCCGGAACUACCCGCCCCACACUGCGCCGCGCCCCCGAGCGGGGCCCGCCGGAACUGCCCGCCCCACACUGCGCCGCGCCCCCGAGCGGGGCCCGCCGGAACUGCCCGCCCCACACUGCGCCCUGCCCCCGAGCGGGGCCCGCCGGAACUGCCCGCCCCACACUGCGCCCUGCCCCCGAGCGGGGCCCGCCGGAACUGCCCGCCCCACACUGCGCCCUGCCCCCGAGCGGGGCCCGCCGGAACUGCCCGCCCCACACUGCGCCCUGCCCCCGAGCGGGGCCCGCCGACCCCUCCCUCUCCCGCCGCGCCGACGUCUCGCGAGAGGCGCCCUGCGCGAGAGGCGCGCGGCCGUUUCGCUGCCGUUUCGCUGCCGGCGCCAUGGCCGAGAACCGGCCCUCGGUCCACCGCGGAGCUAGGCGCAGCCGGCGCCUCUCGCAGCGGACAGGAGCUGGGGCUGUAUCUGACUUGAGAAAGAAGAAUUCUGGCAGAAGGGCCUUAGUGGAGCCCAGACUGACUGUGCUCCCUAACCCUGACCGUGACACUCCACGGAUUAUGCUUAAGAGAAUCAUCCAGACCCAACCGCAAGUUUCACCUCUUGCACUUCAGAUAUCUAAGCAUGAAGGAACAGAAGCAGCAGCUCAAGCAGAAGUCCCUUUGAAGAGGGUUUCCAGCAUGGGGGGAAUGCAGCUGCCAGACCUGCUUCCUGAGGACACACCUGUCACCAUGUUCCAUAUGGCUAAGAAGAGAAAGAAAUUCAGCAUUUCUGAAUUUGAGAGAGCAGCGGACAAACGACUUCCCCACAACCAUGCUCAGCCAACGUUGGACAGCACUGCUUUGGCUCGAUCUCUUCGUGUGUCCAUGGGCUCCCUGCUCCCUGCAGAUGUGGCUGAGCAGCAGGGCCUGCGGAGGAGGCCAAAGCAGCGCAGAGCCAUCGACCUGGAAGCCUUUGAAGUGGGGGUGGAACAGAACAUGCUGAACAGAAAAGCACAGAGCCACCUUGUGGACUCACAUCUGGGGAUGCACACAGCCACGCUGACAAGCGAUGCAGAAAUCCUGCUGAGCAACACCAGGCUCUUUGCUCAGCCCCAUCUGGAUGAGCAGAGCCAGAAUAAGCAUUCCCCUCUCCAACUGUCGUUGCUGGAUGCCAAAACUUCACCAUGGAGAAGCAAGAAUGCUGGUGCAGCUCAGGAGGAAGCAGGGUUGGUGAGCCUGGCAUCCAGGGAAAGCAGGAGUGAAAGGUGCCUGGAAAGGCACUGUGAGGACCUAAGCCUGGGUGAUGAGCAUGGUGCCAGAAUGACUCCAAAAGCACCUUCGGAGCAGCGAGAGCAUCAGCGAGGUCCCUCCCAGCAGAGCCACCCAGGGGAACAGCUUUCUGCGGAGGAGCUGGUGGCUGGCUCUGUUAACAGGUGGAGCUCCAGCGUGCGCUUGGGCUCGCCCCUCAGCCUGAAGCGCAAGAGCUCUCCCAGCGUGCCCUUGAGAGAAGUUGUGUCCCAUAUAAUUGAAGACUUAGCUGUAAGUGAUGCAGAAGAAGACCUGGCUGGUGCUGUCACCCCCGUGCAGCAGGAGGGGGUGUGUAGAGAGGCUCCAGAACCUGAGAAUGCCACGGGUGAUGGAGCUGGAAAUCUGGGCAGGCCUUCUCUGGCUCCUUCCUCUGAAAAACUUAGGAUGAAGCCCUUAAAGAAAGCUGUUGAAGAGGCAGAUAAACUAGAGGACCAGGCUAUCACCGUAGAAUUGGACGAUCUGGAAGAUGAGUCUGCUGUGGAGGAAGCUGAAGACCCUGAGACUGAAGAAGUCUCCAUGCAGACGCCUUCCUUUGUCCGUGCUGCAGCCUACAAGCCAAAGCCACAGCUGUCAGCUCCACAGCCUGCCAGACCUGCUCCCAGGCUGUCAGCUCCAUGGCCUGCAAAAUCCUCUGCUUCCAGGUCUCCCCUGCAGUUGCUGCAGGCUCAGCUGGCUGCAAAGAGCUCGGGAGUGGCACGCAGGAGACCUCGUGAGGCUGGAAUCAUAAGCAGUUGGGUGAAGAAGGUGUUUAGCCACUAUGCCAAGAUGCCAGUGACCAGAGAUGCCUUCAGAAUUGUGGAGAAAUGCUCUGAGAGAUACUUCAAGCAACUAAGCAAUGACCUGGAAGCUUAUGCCAACCAUGCAGGGAGGAGGACAGUGGAGAUGGCUGACCUGGAAGUCCUCCUGAGGAGACAGGGGCUGGUGACAGACAAGGUGCCGGUGCAGGUGCUGAUAGAGCAUCACCUCCCGCUGGAGUACAGGAAGCUCCUGAUCCCUAUGGCUGUGAGUGGAAACAAAGUGAUCCCUUGCCAGUGAGUGUGCCCCUGGGGUUGGGAAGGUGGCCUGCAGCCAGAGCCUGCCUGGACAUGCUGUGACACUGCUCUGUGGUGAGUCUGCACCAGUAAGCAGUGGGGCAUCGAUGGGCACUGUUCUCUUGAGCUGCUGCUGUGGCUGUCCCAGCAGCCUGUUGGCUCUCACCGACUGCUGUGCCAAGCAGGUUGCCUGUCCUGCCCUCUCUGGCCUACCUUUGAGCAUCUGUGCAGCUCUGACAAAUAAAAUGUUCUCUGUCUUCUGCACCAUGCAAA